GGUCCCCUAAAGAUUUAAUCACACAAUGUUUUUAAAGUUUGUUAGUGCAAUCUUAAACAUCAGACUAACAGCUGCUUACAUAAAAUAUGAUUCCAACAAAAAUAUUUAUAAUAAUUUUGAUAUCCCUUCUAAAUGAUCAAUAUGAAAAAGUUAAAGCAGAUUCAUUAGCAACACUUUUUAAUGAUAAUGAUACUCAAUACAAGAAACUGGCAACGACUCAAACAAUACAAACUAUCAAAGGAAAUUUUAAUGAAGAAUCACAUAGACUCGUUAAAUGUUCAAAACUAAAGCAACUUGCGGACUCAGAUGAAAAAGAGAAAAAUGCAGUAAGUUCGAAAACGAGAAUCGAUCUUGACAAAGUUAUGGUAAAUUCACCAAGAAAAAUAAAUGCAGAUAUUACUACAGUUGAAACAGAAGUUUUUUCAGAGUUACAAAGAAGUGCAGACCCUGAAACUAAAAAUACUAGUGAGGAUGAAUCCAUCUACAAUAUCAAUUCAAAAACUAACACUCCCAAUUCGGAUCCAGACAAUUAUAUACUUGAUUCAAAUAAAAAAUCUUUUGAAUUUGAAUCGUUGCUGAUAAAUAAUGCAGCCACGACUAUCAAAGAUAUUGAAGAUGAAAAUGAAGAUGAACUGGCACUUCAAAGAAAUUCCACACGAAGAAAUUUUCAAAAUGAGGAUGUUCUCCCCGUUGAAGUUAGCAAUGUGGGUCCCCAUAAAAACUCUCUGAACAGAGUUCAGAACAUUCCAAAUGACGAGGAAUAUGCAAAUUCUAAUUCAGAGAGUAAUUUUUAUAACAAUUAUGACCCAAAUGUUCAAGUUCCAAAAUAUCAACAAAAAAAUGAUGUAGACUUAAACGAUAACAAAAGUGAACCCGACGGAAAUAGAAAAAGUAAACCUUCAACCAAAGUUAAAUUAAAUGAUACACUUGCAUCAAAUAAUCGUCAUUCUGAAGACAGAACCCCGAAUACAUUACAUGAUCCAACUAAAGGGAAAAGUAUUUCGCAAUUCGUUAGAUCAAAAUUAAUGCUUAUGUAUCACCCACGUGUAUGUUUCGCAUGUAGUAGUACCAGCAGCCCAUCGUGUUGGUCACCAACUAAAUUAACGCCAACGAAGUAUUGCAAGACAGGACAUGAUGCUUGUGUUUCAAAAAUUUUUAGUCAAAAAGGAACAACUUUCAUUGUCCGGGAUUGCAGUGAUAGUUGUGAGAGAAGAGGUUUUGGUCUCAUUGGUCCAGUUUAUGAAAGCUGCACCAUAUGCCACUCAGACUUAUGCAAUGCUGCUAGUUCUACUAAAAUAGCAGCGAUUAACUUAUUGGUUUUAAUUGUUACGUCUCUCUUCAAAUUUGCGGAAUAAACAGAAUUAUUAAAAUAAGGCGCUAUACAUAAUAUUAUCUUAAUAAAUAUUUCGGUAUAUAUGUUUGAAAAA